GGUUUUUUCCUUUCUCCUCUGAUUUGGUCUUGUACGAGUUUCUUGCAUUAUCGUGUAAGCAAUUUAGGUUCUCACAGAAGCUGAAGAUGGCAUUCGUGUACUGGGAUGCACUGGUACACUAAUCACUCCCUCGCUUGUGCUCACAUCCUCGGAAUGCAUUGACGAUGUCGAUCCUGCACCAGUACGACUCAGCCGACUUCCUUUGAAUAUUAGCUUGACAUCUGCUCCAUGGAUGGAGCUCAACUUAAAUGAUCUCACUGAAGCAAAGUGUAGAAUGACAGGAUUCGAAACGGUUUCAGUUUCAAACUAUUCAUUCAUCCACAAUGCUAUGCAGACUCCUGCACAAGUGAUAAGAGAUCGUGACACAUUGGUUGUAGAUGUUGCAGCUGGAAGCCCUGUCUGUUGGGAUGAUAUCGGUCUUCCACUUGAGUGCCUGCUUGAAAACACGGGCUGGACGCAAGUCGGACUUCUUCAUUCAGUCAUGAGAAAUAUAGACAAUCGCACUAAUUCCACCUUGACGGAUUGCGACGAUAUAGCGGCUCUAAUAUUCUCGCCAUUUUCUGACGAUACACUUCCCGCAAUGCUUGAAAGCCAUGCAGUGCAGAUGUUCAUUGCUACAAAGCAAUGUUUCUCGCAAGAACCAGUGGCGGACAACACCGAGCCUGAGUCUAGUGAUGACGAAGAAAUGAGCGAAGAUGAAUAG